AUGUCUUCCAAUGGACCGAAGCUCCCAGUAAAGCAGCUCGCGAUUCUGGCUGUCGCCAGAUUCGCGGAGCCGCUUGCAUUAACGUCGGUCUUCCCUUACUUGCCAGAGAUGAUCAAGAGUUUCGGCGUACAGGAUAACAAUGUCGCAAGAUGGGCCGGUCUGGUUGGCUCCACAUUCUCGAUAUCACAGAGUGCCUUUGCAGUGCCCUGGGGGAGAUUAUCAGACAAGAUUGGCCGCAAACCAACCAUCAUCACCGGGCUCAUCUCCACCAUGAUCUGCUUCAUAAUAUGGGGGACGGCUUCCAGUCUCGCCAUGGCCGUCUGUAUACGUUUUGUUAUGGGUGCUGGUAACGGCAACGUCGGCAUCAUCCGUACUAUGGUUGCCGAGAUGGUGCCUCAAAAGGAGCUCCAACCGCGCGCGUUCUCCCUCAUGCCUCUUGUCUGGAGCAUCGGCUCCGUCUUCGGGCCUUCGUUUGGAGGGUUCUUCGCCCGGCCAGCCGAACAGUAUCCAGGACUCUUCGGGAAUAGCUGGCUGUUCAACAAGUACCCGUUCCUGUUGCCCAACCUCGUGGCUUGUGCAUUCUUCUUUGUUUCCGUUGUCGUGGCAAUACUGUUCCUCCACGAGACUCUAGAGACGAAAAAGCACGAGAAGGACUGGGGCCUACUUCUCGGAGAGAAGAUCUCACAACCCUUCAGGACGAGGCCUCGCCACAAGCACAACCACCAACACCAACGUCACCAUCGACCCUCCUUCGUGGACGCAGAGGCCUCGGCCCCUCUGCUACCAAAGUCAGGCGUUGUUCUGAAGAAGACAUCCCAGGCUCCACCGCCGACGAUGAAGGAGAUUUUCACACCCCAGGUCACCAUGAACAUUCUCGCAUAUACAAUCCUGGCUCUGCACUCGGUGGCCUUCGAUCAGGUUCUCCCCGUGUUCCUGAACUACCACCGCCAGGUCCCUGACAGCGAGAACACUCACCUGCCGUUCCACUUCUCGGGCGGGUUCGGGCUCAACUCAAACAAGAUCGGCACCAUCUUCACCAUAUACGGGCUCGCGUGCGGCGUGAUCCAGUUCUUCCUGUUCCCGCCGGUGUGCUCGCGCUACGGGGCGCUCAAGUGCUUCAAGGCCGGCACGGUGCUCUUCCCCAUCGUCUACGUGCUGGUCCCCUACACGGCGCUGAUCCAGGACACGCACCUGCAGUUCGCGGCGCUGAUGGCGCUGCUGCUCCUCAAGGGCUUCGCCGUCAUCGUCGGCUUCCCCUGCAUCACCAUCCUGCUGACCAACUCGGCGCCCUCGGUCCGCAUCCUCGGCACCCUCAACGGCUUCGCCACGACCUUCUCCGGCCUGGGCAGGGCCGUCGGCCCCACCCUGGCCGGCGCCACAUUCAGCUGGGGCGUGAAGAGGGGCUACGUCAUCCCCGCCUGGUGGUUCCUCGCCGCCGUCGCCGUGCUCCAGGCCAUCCCCGCGUGGCUGAUCGUUGAGGGCGAGGGCCCCAGCCGCGAGGAGGACACGGACGACGACGAGGACUCCGCCCUGCUUGACGACGCGGAUGACGACGUCGACGGGAAGCCGCCUGCCAACCGCGCCAUCAUCACCGGCGACGCGGCCGACCUGGUCGGGACCCGCGAGGACGCCAUCAUCCCUGACCCGGAAGACGAGGACGAAGAAGACUUCCCGCCGCUGGCCAGGGUCAGCUCGAGGGCUUCCAAGGGCAGCGCUGGGUACGGCACUAUCAAGGGGCCGUCUGGGACACGGCUUCGGAGGAUGUCCGAGACGGGACAGGACCUGUGA